UUUCAUUGCUUGGAUUCCGUAGCAGCAGCAGCAGAAGCAGCAGCAGCACCAGAAGGAGCAGCAGACUCAGCAGCAGCAGCAGCAGCAGUAGCAACAGCAGCAGCAGCAGCAGCAGUAGCAACAGCAGCAGCAGCAGCAGCUGAAGGAGCAGCAGCAGCAGCAGCAGCAACAGCGGCAGCAGCAGCAGUGGCAGCAGCAGCAGCGGCAGCAGCAGCAACAGCAACAGCAGCAGCAGCAGCAGCAGAAGGAGCAGCAGCAGCAGCAGCAGCAACAGCAGCAGAGCAGCAGCAAUAGCAGCAGCAGCAGGUGCAGCAGCAGC